AUGUCAAGGACAGGCCAGCACGGGGAGCCGCCGACAGUGACGGCGGUGGUACGAGGACAGGGGGAGCUGAUCGGGCUGCUGAAGGCGGGCGGGUACGACAUGGACGAGCGGAUGGAGGACGGGAGGACAGGGCUGCAUGUAGCGGGGAUGCUGGGGAGGGCGGGGAGCGUGAGGGAGCUGAUAGAGGCAGGAGCAGAGGUAGGAACGAAGGCCGAGAAAGGGAAGACGAUGGUGCACUGGGCGGCGGAGUAUGGGCAUGUGGAGGUGCUGAAGACGGUAGAGAAACAAUGCGGGAAAGAGACUCUGAGGACCUUGAUGAAGGAGAAGGACAUUGCCGGCAAGACAUGCGCGCACUGGGCGAGUGCUGGAGGGCACCUGGAGGUAGUGCGGUAUGUUGUAGAGACAUGCGGGGAGGAGCUGCUGAGGGAGAAGGACAAGCACGGAAAAACAGGCGCGCAUGCGGCGAGUGAGGGAGGGCACUUGGAGGUGCUGCGGUAUGUUGUAGAGACAUGCGGGGAGGAGGUGCUGAGGGAGAAGACCAAGGACGGCUCGACAUGCGCGCACUGGGCGAGUGAGGGAGGGCACUUGGAGGUGCUGCGGUAUGUUGGGGAGACAUGCGGGGAGGAGGUGCUGAGGGAGAAGGACAAGCACGGAAAAACAGGCGCGCACUUGGCAAGUGAGGGAGGGCACAUGGAGGUAGUGCGGUAUGUUGUAGAGACAUGCGGGGAGGAGCUGCUGAGGGAGAAGACCAAUGACGGCUCGACAUGCGCGCACUGCGGGAACAUGGAGGUAGUGCGGUAUGUUGUAGAGACAUGCGGGGAGGAGGUACUGAGGGAGAAGACCAAUGACGGCUCGACAUGCGCGCACUGGGUGAGUUUCACAGGGCACUUGGAGGUGCUGCGGUAUGUUGUAGAGACAUGCGGGGAGGAGGUGCUGAGGGAGAAGGACAAGCACGGCAGGACAUGCGCGCACUUAGCGAGUGAGGGAGGGCAGUUGGAGGUGCUGCGGUAUGUUGUAGAGACAUGCGGGGAGGAGGUGCUGAGGGAGAAGGACAAUGAUGGCGAGACAUGCUUCACUUUGGCUGAUAACUCAGAUGUCAAGGAUUAUCUUAGAGGUUUUGGUAUCGACUAGUCUCAGACUGAGCGAACAAAACUGCAGCCAUAGAAAUCGCCCUCAUACCUACCUGAGCCCUAGUAAAAGCGAGCUCACCUC